UCUUUCUUCUUGUUUCUUCUUCCCCUCGUGUUUCUUCCUUUCUCCGUCAGCGUAUUGGAAUGGCGGAGUCUACUGAGCAUCAGCAACUGGCGGCCAUUCUCGGUCCUGAGCCCGCCGCCACUUUCCAAACCGUAAUCUCCCACUUAAUCUCCUCCCCCUCCUCUUUGCAAACCCUAAUCUCCGACCUCAUCUCCUCCGAGAAGCGGUCCGAGGCCGAGCUCGUCUUCAACAUCUGCAAGCAAGCCGAUCACGAGUCGCUUUCUCUCAAACUCGCUCAGCUUCUCCAGGUCUCUCCCGACGAUAAGACCCGAGCCAUGUGCUCCAUUCUCCUCCGGAAGCAACUACUCACCGGUGACCUGUGGCGAAGACUCUCUCCUAACACCAUAUCCACCCUCAAACAUACUCUAUUAUCUUGUAUUCAACGCGAGGACACCCGAACAUCGAUUUCGAAGGCCAUCUGCUACGCCGUGUCGGAGCUCGCCUCCGCAGAGUUAGAGUUGUUGGGCGGCGAAGGCUGGCCGGAGCUCUUGCCCUUUCAGUUCCAAUCCACCUCCUACGAUGCGCCGCCGAAGCUUCAGGAAUGCUCCUUCUUGAUUUUCGAUCAGCUCGCGGACUUCUUUACCCCGUUUAUAGACGAAUUACACACCGUCUUCUUAUACUGCUUGAGCUCCUCCACAAGGUCAAAUGAAGUUAAGAUAGCCGCGUUUAGUGCGGUGGUCAGUUUCAUUCGGUGUUUGUCCAGCUCUGAAGAUCCGAAUAUGUUUCACGACGUCUUGAUAGAAAUGAUGAGAACAGUGAUGGGGGAAUUGAACAAAGGGAAGGAGAUCAUGGCACAGGAAGCGAUCAAGUUGUUCAUUGAAUUGGCCGGGACCCAUCCGACGUUGCUCAGCCGCAACGGGCAGAUCAUCCGGGCUAUGCUGCAGAUUGCUGAAGCCAUAGAUGUCUUGGAACAAGGGACGAGGCACUUGGCCAUUGAGUUUCUGAUUACUCUGGCCGAGGCCGGAGAGCGUGCACCAUGGAUAAUGAGGAGGUGUCGGGAGUUUGUUGGUCUACUUUUUCCCAUUUUAAUGAGGAUGGUUUCAAAUGUCAAGGAUGAUCCCUCAUGGCAUACAGCUGAGACUGAUGAUGACAUUGCCUUGGGUGUAAGUGGUGACUACUGUGUUGGGCAGGAGUGUUUGCAUAGGCUUGCCAUUGCCUUGGGUGGCAAUAACAUUGUUCCAAUUGCGUUAGAACACUUUACUUCCCAUUUUGCUGCACCCGAGUGGCCCAAGCAUCAUGCAGCAUUGAUUGCCCUUGCUCAAAUCGCUGAGGGUUGCUCUGAGAUAAUGAUAAAAGAUUUGGAGCAAGUGGUGGCAAUGGUUUUGAACUCCCUUGAACAUCCUCAUAUUCGGGUAAGGUGGUCAGCUAUUAAUGCAGUUGGCCAGUUGUCUACUUAUUUGGCCCCAGACCUGCAAGUUCAAUAUCAUCAACAGGUGUUUUCUGCACUGAAUGCCACUAUAUAUGGUUUGCAGAACCGUCAUCUACUGGCUUGUGCUGCUUCAGCACUGCAAAAAUUCAUUGAGAAAUGUGCUAGUGAUAUCUUGACACCUUAUUUGGAUGAAGUGGUUUCCCAAUUGGUUGUACUUUUGCAGAGUGAGAUACAAAUGGUGCAUGUAGAAGCAUUGACUGCUUUGGCAUCAGUCGUUGUUUCAUUUCCGGACCAAUUCCAAAAAUACUAUGAAGAUGUCAUGAUUCCCCUGAGAGGUAUGUUGUUGGAUGCCACUAAUAACCCGGUUUGGUCCAAGUCCGUGGAGUGUAUUAGCCUGGUUGGUAUGGCUGUUGGAAAGGAGAAAUUCAGGGAUGAUGCUAAGAAAGUCAUGGAAGUGCUGAUGUCUUUUCAAGGAUCUCAAAUGGAGCUAGAUGACCCAACUGCAAGUUGCAUGCUACAGAUAUGCGCUGACCUCUGCAAGUGUCUAGGACAAGAUUUCCUUCCAUACAUGGGUGCUGUUAUGCCUCCUUUGCUUCAGUUUGUUCAAAUUAAGCCUGUUGAAACCGUUACCUCCGCAAAUGACAAUAGUGAUAUGGAUGAAUCUGAUGAUGAAAGUAUGGAAACAAUUACUCUUGGAGAUAAAAGGAUUAGAAUCAAGACUAGUGUGUUGGAGGAAAAAGUUACAGCUUGCAAUUUGCUGUGUUGCUAUGCUGAUGAACUGAAGGAAGGAUUCUUUCCAUGGAUCGAUCGGGUUGCUCCAACGUUAGUUCCACUUAUAUCUUAUAUCCAUGAAAAAGUGAGGAAGUCUGCUGUUUCAGCAAUGCCGAAGCUACUGCUUUCUGCAAAGUUAGCUAUAGAGAAAAGACAAUCCCAAGGAUGUAAUGAAACCUAUAUAAAGAAAUUGUCUGACCACAUCCUUCCAGCUCUGGUGGAAGCAUCACAUCAGGAAACUGAUAGAGAAAUCACUGCAAUAAUAUUGGAUGCUUUAAAUGAAUGCAUACAGAUAUCUGGACCACUUCGAGAUGAAGCCAUGUCACAUGCACCUAGUCGAGGUGAUAAAGCAGGGAUCACUCCCUAAUUUACGUAGGAAAAGCGAGUAGGAUCACUCCUAGUUCCAGUAGGAAAAGGGAGUUGAUGGAAUAUGUAAAUGCCUUCUAGAAAGUUUUGUACCUAUUAGAAGUGAAUUCAAUGUUGCAAUAUGUAAAUGCCUUGUGUGAAGAAAAAUGCGCCUCACGGUUGACUUUUCUUUUUCUCUACGAAAGUAACUGGUACAAUACCUUGACCUCACUUUCGCGGCGUGGACCUGUACUCUUCUAGUACCGGUGAACCUUGUUCAGAACUUUGUGGCUACCUCGAUAAGGUAGUGCCUAUUCCAGCACAAACGGAUUCAAAAUGGGGAUGAAUUGAGCUCUGAUUUGGCAGCCAUGAGAAUGGAAGAUCUGGAUACCAGAAGACAACCACCAAUGUGACGCUGAUCUGCUAUGCAAGCACCUUGAAGAACCUGGUGGAUUGAUUCAAGCAAACUGUGUUGGAUGACUUUGAAAUGACAUAUGAAGAUUGCUCCUAUACUGCUGGGCUACAAAGAAAAUGGAAGCUUAAAGGGGGCUGGAGUCUAAUUGAUAUUCCCAUAUAAUUACGUCAUUGUGAAAUUCAAUCUUGAGGAGGACAUGAAUGCUGUCUUGUGUGGUGGCCCAUGGAUUCUGGCUGGACAAACUCUGGUUGUUCAGAGAUGGAGACCUGAGUUUGACCCUCACCGAAAUCAUUUGCAAAAUGGCUUUGUGGGUGCGACUUUGUGAUCUUCCAGUGAAGUAUUUCAAAGACUACUGUGGUUAAACUAGAUGGGCUGCCCCAAAGACCCACCUCCGAUUCAUGAAGAC